CAGCUUACGGAGCCCUUGGUAAUUAGCUAAUGAGUUUGGUAGAGUUCUAAACUACACCACACACUCCUGUUCUACACCUUAGUGGGGUUUUUUUUUUGGACGAAGCCACAGGGACAGCAGCACAGCGCGUGCCUUGAACGCGCACGUUCUCAGACCAAUUGGGUGACACGGUGUGAUCACGUGACAUCUUUCACUUUUCUACAAGUCUGCUGUCACCUGCUCUAAAAAUGGUUGUGCUGAAAGGAAUACCGUCAGUACUUACACCUGAAUUGUUGUAUGCCCUGGCCAAAAUGGGGCAUGGAGACGAACUGGUUCUUGCAGAUGUAAAUUUUCCUGUUUCCUCCGUUUGUAAAUGUGGUCCCAUAGAGAUACGAGCUGAUGGUUUGCGUAUUCCAGAACUCCUGGAAGCAAUAUUGAAAAUUUUUCCUCUUGAUACUUAUGCUGACUGUCCGGCAGCUGUAAUGGAUCUAAUAGAACGUGACCGGCAGCAGGGUCUUGUCGUGCCAGUGUGGCCCUGUUACACUGAACUUCUGAAACAAGCAGGAUCAGAUGGGAAUUUUGAAGCAGUUGAAAGGUUCGCUUUCUAUGAUCGUGCUAAGAAAGCUUUUGCCGUUGUAGCAACAGGGUACAGUAUCAUUCUCGGCUGCCAUGAAUCUGUAGAGUCAUGUUUAAUUCUACCUUGGUAUUCUAAAUCUUUAUCUCUCUAACAGGGAGACUGCUCUGUAUGGAAACAUCAUUAUUAAGAAAGGAAUCAUUCGUCCUGAAGAGCUAUGCUGAAGACUGCUGAAAUAUUCUUGUGAUUUACACAAGUUGUGUAUUGACUUUUUUUUUUUUUUUAAUUUCAGCAAGUUGGAAUUGGAGGACAGCCUAAGUGUUGUAAUUUACUUCUUGUCACAAUAUUCAUCACACUGCAGAAACUGUGCAGACAUGGUGCUUGUAAGUUAGAAUAUUUGUUAUAACUGGGGCAUUACUUUUGAGACAUUGACUUGGUAGAAACCACUGGCACGGUUCUACAGGUAUUAGCUGGAUCCUCAAAGACUUAGGUUCUCAAACUAAGAGCCAGCAUUAUUCAGGCGGUUUGCCUUUUCCUUUUCAUCAAUUUUUUAAAAAUCCUACUACUUAAGUGAUUUUAAAGUCUUGCUUUUGUAGAAUUACAAACCAUCAGCAACAAAAACAAUAUGAAAUGUUCCUUUUCUAUAUUUUAUAAAUUAGUUUGAAACAAACCACAAAAUUAGAAUGCUUAUAAGUUUACAUUUAUUAAUUUGGCUGGUAGAGCAAUGCAGAAUUGAGACCGCGUACAAUCCAAGCCUGCAGUUGAGGUUUAAGGGCCUUACUCCGGGUCCUGCUGGUGGAUGUGGCAGUCCUGAGAAAGAAACUUGUAAUCUUCUGAUCAUUAUCAGAGCUUUAACUGCUAUGUGAAGAUGAUCAGAAUGAGAAUUAUAUGGCUUUUAUUUUCAUCAAGCUAUUACAAAUUUAAUAAAUGCAUGCAUUUUAACACA